AUGAUGCAUCUCAAGCCAGUGCAGGGUAGGAGGCGUGGCCUGUCGGUCAAUAGUGUUUCUGAUGCUCAGCAGCAAGCUAUGAACAACUCGCUAGAUAAUUUACAAGGUGACCUUACUCACGUAGAGACGCAAUGGAAUAGAAUCCUGAAUGAACAGUCAAACCCAUUAGAGCUGGCUCUGUCCUUUUUGGAUGAUACAUCAGUAGGUUUGGGGCAUAGGUACCAUGAUUUUAAGCAACUGAAGACGCGAAUAGGCUUUGAUCUGCAAGAGGCUGUCAACGAGCAUUUCCAAGUCCUUAAUACGAAUGUGGCCUCCUACGGCAUUGCAGUGGAUUCUAUAACUGCAGCUCAGGAUAACAUAAAACAGCUUAAAGGUCAAGUAAGUGAAUCCGUCAGCAAUAUCACGAUUGGGAAGGGUUCUCUCAAGGAACUUAAUGACAACGCCAAGAAACAAAACGAUAUGAUCGAUGCUCUCUCUUCCAUAGAGUAUUUGGUUCAAUUGCCGGAGAAGAUUGAGGACUCGAUUAGAAGCCAGGAUUACAAGGAAGCUCAGACUCUGCUAGCCCGCGGGUUUCUUUGUGCAGCAAAUCACGAUUUAUGGAGCCUUGGGCCACUGCAGGUUUUGAAGCAACAGCUUGAGCUGCAAGAACACGCUUUGUUCAACAACUUAGUUGAAGAGAUACACAAUAUAAUUUACACCAAGAAAGGGCCAUUUUCGUCCAAUCGAGAUAUUUUGAAGGAUAUCGGACUUAAUCAGGAUGGUUUUACAAAUUUGGAAAAUUAUCUCUACAACGUUGCCAAUGUGGACCUAUUGAGAGAUUCCAUGACUAUGAACAAUCAAUUGUCAGUAUUCAUGCAAAAGAUCAGCGAAGCGUCGUUCUCAUUAGAAGCAAUGACCAGUAGCUCUGGGCAAGGAAAUGAGUUCCAGCGUGUAUUUUUUCUGUUAUCCAUAAUCAAUGACAUAAACAAACUUCCGACUGCUUUAAGUAUUCUAACGAAUAGAGCAAGAGAAGAGUUACACAACAUCGUCCUGAAAUGCACAGAAGAAGUUCGCACAAAUCGUCCCUCACUCCUAAAUGUAGCCGCAUCUCCUAAUAUUGACGAUGACUUGGGAAUGUCAGUAAAGGAUGUUUUAGCGGUCCCGAUGAAAGAGUGCUUCUGGAAGAUAUUUGUGAGAUUCUUAAUCGCGGCUCAAGGACAUCGCGUUGUUUUCGAGUCCGUUAAAAAGAUCCUUCAGUCAACUGCAAUUAAUUCAUACAAAUUUGGUCAGAUUUGGUCAAAAAUCCUUAAUGAGAUAGAGACACUUCUGCUAAAAUAUCUGGAGAAUCCUCAAGUGACCUCGGUUCAGGCUGGAUCAAAUCGAACUAGUAGCACAGUCAUAAAACCUAGUAGGUCAAAUGCGCCACUAUUUACUUUGCAGCAUAAUAUCGAAGACAGCUCAGCAGCCAAACGUCAUGCAAAUGAGCUGAAGGCGCUACUGAAGGACCUGUUCCCAGGCAUCACAAUCUCAGCUACUGCUGAACUAGGAUCGAUUUACAUUGAAGAAGAGUCUUUCGAGCAAGAAGAACCCCUUGUCCCUCCUACUAUAUUCAACGUCAAAAUGCUCCUUGAGCCAUAUCUAUUUUUCUGCCAGGCCACUUCCGAUCUGAUACCCACCGAGUUCGAGGGCAAAUAUGUUACUUCAAUGACCUUCCUCACAACCUUUAUGAGCGAGCAAUUUUUCCCAAAACUUGACAAGACCCUGGCAUAUUUGUUCGAACUAAGAGUAGGGUCAAAUAAUCCUUAUGCGCUGGAAAGCAUAGAAGGAAGCAAGUAUAUUUUCAAAGCUGCUGCAGAUUUUCGGAUUCUUUUGAAGAAGCUUUUGUUCAUCAUGAAUACUACACAUAAAUUCAGAAGCAGGGUCUUUAAUUCUCUAUUAGGGCUUCUCCGCAAAUUUUACAGAUAUCAUUUAAGCCUGUUUGAACGGCUUUUUGGAACAGCGGCUUCCAAUGUGCAGAAAAGAAUAAUCUCAGUCUGGCUUACUGAUGGUGACAUAAUGAAACAUGAAAAAGAAUUCCUGAAUAGUGGUGGCACUGAUUCGAAUGCUGAGGCUAACCUCAUGUUGCGCCACUGUGCAGAUUACCCAAAUAAGGGCGGUUUGAACAAAGACGAUAUAUUGAACACAGUGACAUUAAAUGCAGUGAUCCAUUUCCUAGGAACAGCUAACUGGAUCCUAUCCUGGCUUCCUAGCUUAAGGAAGGUCGUACGAACCCCUGAAGAUAUGUCAAAGAAGGACAACAUUGAAAUGCUCAAAAUUGAGUGGUGCUUUUUCGAAUCGAAUGACUGGACAGCUAUUGAUAAGCUGGGCAAUCUCAAAAUAUCCAUGGAUUCGCAAGCGGCAGCUAGAUUUGAUGAGAUACUCGAAGGCUUUUCGACUUUACAAUCAAAUCUACUAACGGCAAUCAGAUUUGACACGAGAGCGAGAUGCAUUUACCACAUAGGCUUUAUGUUCCAUAGACCAGAGACUUGGAGUUCCGAUGCUGGUAGCAGCGAACUAAACGAGCACAUAGCAGCUCUGAUAACAGAUCUAGAAACAAUAGAAAAUAAAGUGAGGCAGCAGCAGCUACUGGAGGGAAACACAGAUAAUGUUUUCAUUGGCAUUGAUUCAAUGAUUAAUAAGGCAUUCUUGCUCGGCAUGCGUUCGGUUCCCGUUAUCAAUAAAAGCGGAGUCAAAAGAAUGUUGAGGAAUGCUAAGGUUUUGCAAAAUGCAUGCCAAAAUCUCGUUUCUACUCCAUCAAUGGUCGAUAUGACUGCCUCGAUGCAGUUUUUCUCACUUUGUGGCGCCACUGAAUCGGACCUCUUUCGACAACUUGACGAAGGGAAGUUACUCAUUUCUUCAAAAAAUGAUCUGAAGAAUAUCUUGAGACUGCAAUUCAGCGAAGACAUUCAGCGGCAAACGAGGAGGAGUAGUGGUAAUCCCAAGAGGGUCAAUUCUAUGCCCCUCAUCAAAAGAUAUGAUGAAUCGGUCAAGCGUUUGGAGUCGUUUGGGCGUCGUCCUUAG